GUGGAAAAUCUGUCAGAUUGGUAUAUAAAUGAAGUGGGUUGUGAACGUCUCUCUUUUAUAACCUCAAAAAUGCGCGAGAACUAUAACUGUGGAAUAGCGAAGUAGGCUUUAAAUUUAGUUUAUUUAGUGUUAAAGUGAUUGCAUUUUCAUUAUGCCGUCGAAAAAAAGAAAAUACAAUGCAAGAUUUCCAGCAGGGCGUAUUAAGAAGAUAAUGCAGACUGAUGAAGAAGUCGGGAAGGUGGCCCAGGCAGUACCUAUUAUAAUUUCUCGUACCUUGGAGCUGUUUGUGGAGUCAUUGCUGAGCAAGGCAAUGCAAGUUACAAUGCAGAGGAAUGCCAAGACUCUCAGUCCAUCACAUGUCAAGCAGUGCAUACUAGCUGAAUCUAGAUUUGAUUUUUUAAGGGAUUUGGUUAAAAAUGUGCCAGAUGUGACUGCAGCAGAGGAGAAAGAGUUGCAGAGUGGGGAGAGUUCACCUAAUUCUUCAAGAUUCUCAGACUCACUAUCUAAGAAGCUAGUCAGAGAGGAUUCAAACAGUUCGAGUAGCUCAGAUGUUAAGGUGACACCAUUGAUACCACCAAGAGAUUUCAACCAGUGCCUUUCUGUCGAACCAGAUAGACCUAAAAUAGAAAUAAUGCCCGAAGCCAUAGAUCUAACGAAAAAAGAUAGUAAACCAUUUGUCACAGCAGCUAAUUUCUAUCAAGAGACUUUACCAGAUGAGGUGCCGGUUAAAAGUGUGAUAAAACUGAAUCCAACUUAUGCCAGUCCACAACCCUCAACGUCUAACUACGCGAUUUUAAAAUCAGUUGACGUGGAAACGGAAACUGUUAUCCCGCAACAGGACUCGUUCUUAAUACGUCAAGCGACACCCCCUUUAACACCAAUAACGCCAAUCACACCAAUUUUUAACAUAGAUUUCACAAAAAACCUAGCCAAACCAGAAAUAAAAGUGCUCGAUGCGAAUGCUGUGAAAGAUAAGAAAGUAAUAAGGCAGAAUUCAAAGUCAAAAUUGAAAAAAAUUGAAGUUCCAAAGCCGGUGAUUCUAGAUAAUAUUACUACUGAUUUGCAAAUCGAUGAAGACUAUGAUACCUGAUGUGUUUUUGCUGUGUUCAAUUUGUGCUAUCCAAACUGAUCUGGUAAUUUCAAUAAUUAUUCAUAAGACAUAAUAAAGCUGAUAUUAGAAAAAGAAAGGUGUGGCACUGGGGGACUGCCGCGAUAAAGCUAUUGCAUAGCAUUUUUUAUCAACCUAUGCAAUUAUAAUUGUUUAUUUAUUUUUAUUUAUGUAGUAUUUUUUUUCUUUGACAUUAAUUCAAUCUACCAGACUUAGACUAACAAGCCUAUAUAGUCUGUCUCGUGUCUAACGCGUACCGGCCGCCGCUUACGUUACCGAUCUCGUCAGAGAGAUGUGACACGCAGUAUGCGUUCUGUCCUGCUCUAAUGCAUAUUGGGUGCACCUUUAUUAUGUCAUAGUGUGUUAGGUUACUUUCGUUACGGAAUUUCUUGAUUCGGUCGCCGCGCUCAAUGCCUGCGAUAAAAUCUAUGCAAUAGCUUAAUAAAAAUGAUGUUAAUUCGUCAGCAUUUACAAGUAUAUAAAAAUCGCUGUCUAGUCUAUUUAGUUGCAUUUACAUCAAUUGGGUGUAGCUUAAACUUGUAUGAUAAACAUUGAAAUGUGUAUCCAUCACCACAUAUAAUAUAUCCAUUAUUAUUUUUAUAUCAAUGUCACCCAACAACGGUCCCAGGAUGUUCUAAAUGGUGUAGAAGACUAAUUUAAAACUCCUUUUUUAUUAAGUAUUUAAACUAUCAAUUUCAAUAUAUUUUUGACAAUUGCAACAUGCCAAUGUAUUUUUUUGUUAAAUUUCAAUGUUUCAAAUGAAAUAAAAAAAUUACAUUUAGUUUAUAUACAUUUAGUUAUUGCGUGCGAACUGCACAAUCAAAGGUUGGACAAUAUUUGUAUUUUUUCUAUAGUAACCUAUAGCCUUUCAUUCUUAUACUUAGAUAUACGCAGAUUAGGAUAGGAUAAAUGGGUUUUUAUAGUUACUAUGAAAAAAAUAUAAACAAGAACUUCUAACAACUAAUAGCUGUUGAAUGUUUUUUACAUAUCUAUCUCCUGUUACUUACCAUAAUAAUAAUGGUGGCAAAAAAUUAAGUAAUUCAGGUUUAUAGCAUGUAACGAUUGUGUAUAAUGGUUAUGCAGGCCAUGCAAAAUCGUCAAUCAAGCAAAUCAUGUUAUUUUUACUACAAUAUAGGCAUGCCAAGCUUUCCAUACAUACAUUAUAUCAAGUGAUCUUUCCAUUAGCACAUUAUUUUUUUUCGCCAUAAGUGUCUGGCAAAGGGAAAUAUAAAUUUACUUUUAAAAUAAUAAAACAAAAACAUGCCAGUUUCAAGUUAGGAUAGCACUUGUCAUUUAUUGUUUACCAUAUUAGGUAUAUUUAAGAAGUCAGACAUUUUGUACAAUAUGUGUGUGAAUUGUGUUAGAAUGUUGUUUGUACUUGAAGACGUUUUUGUUUUUAAUCUAAAUUAUUAUAAGUUAUGAUUAUGAUGCUCAAAAUUAAAUGUGACUUGUAUGUUCCACAUUUUAUAUUCUUGAUUUGCUAAAUUAUACCUAUUCAUUAUUUCAAGAAAUUUCGAAUGUUUUAGACUUUUAUAACGUAACAUUAGUUUCGAGAAGAAAUGUAUUUACUGGUUUAUGUAAGCAAUUACAUAGUUUAAAUUGCUUCAGAUAUAAUGUACUAGUUAUGAUUAAUUUAUCUUAAGCAUGUUUCUGUAAAUUCAAUACUGUAUAUUUUAUGUUUGUACAGAGUGUAUAGUAGUGUUAAUGUACAAAAGAAUGAAUGGACAAGUUCUAAGAAGUCUGACUAGAAAAAUAAAUAAUUAAGAAAUUAUUUUAUUUUUUUACUGAUAUCAAAGAUUUCAUCAGUGCUUGUUGUGGGUUGUGUUAUUAUCAGAUUUGAUGUUUUAGACUAAUAUUAAUUUUUUUUUUAAGAAAAAGAAAACCAAAUAAUAAUCUUGUACAAAAAUAUUUUAUUGCUGUUAAAAUACCUUUAUAACAAAUACAUACUUAGAAAACUAAAUACAUAAAUGUAUAAAACCAGUGUUACAUAUGCCAGAUAAGACCCGCUUUUUACUCAAUAAGUAAAACUUAACACUCGCAGUCUAAUUUUCAAUAACAAUUUGUUACUGAAAUAUUAUGAUACAUAACAUAAUGUGCCAUAAUAA